GCGGGACAUGGGGGAGCUUGCAGCAUCAGCGAAUCAUGGACUCUCACCCUGCUACCCAAACAGAAAACGGAGCCCUGGAGACUUGAACAGAAGAAAAAUGCUGGUACAUUUUUACCCCAGGAGGCACAGUCACCCCAGAGCCACACAGCAAUGGAUAUUUAAGAAUAAGACUCUGCAGGAAGAUCAAGGAGUAAUAAAAAGAGCCGAAUAUCUGCAGCUGCCAAGACCUCAGCUCUAAUUCUAGAUUUGCAGCCCAUGGCUGCACAAUAGGCACAAGAAUGAACCUACGUCACCACCAAGGAAAGUGGCACAGCUGAGCUGUACCCACGUCUGACUCCAAGGGACCAGCUUUUGACAGCUAUUCACAUCAUCUGGUUUCUGUGAGUCCCAAUUCACACAUGGAAAACGGACGAAUACUAUCUGCUUCAUCAGGCAUUCCUGGGAACCUAGAGGAAACACUAGUCAAUAUCACUUACUUAGCAUACUGGAGUUAUCUUUCCAUUUUCUUAAUUCAAGAACCUUGCUUUUUUUGCCAAUUAUCUUAGUAGUUUUUCAAUGAUCUCUCUGCAAAAGCAAUAUAUUUUGUAGCCUUAUCUUUUGCAGAAAUCACCUUAUAAAUUGUUUGAUGUACAAUUAAACAAAAAACUUUAUUUCUGCAUUGCUCAAAGAA